AUGUCAGCCACCGAAAUCGUUGACAUCUAUACCCGGGUACUCGGGUGCAUACAACAGAGGUCCUUCUACGGGGAGAUCUCCACUACCUCGGACAUGUCGCCAGGGAGAUGGAUUGUUAUCCUACGGGAGGAUUCCGUCGAUGUGUUAUACCUAGCAUCGAUAGCCCGGGGUAAUACUGUUCAAGCAGCUGGCAUAUGGUGGACGUUGGCUGAUGGCUGGGCGGGGAGACUCUAG